CUGCCGCGUCCUGGUAGCUCCCCCUCCCCUCCCCGGAAGAGCAUGAUCGAGCCCGCCUCGCACCUGCUCAACCUGUCGCCCGACAAGCCGCCCUUGAGCUCGGACGCCAUGGCGACGGCGUACGAAUCCGAGGUGGAAUUCGACUCGGACCUGGAGGCCGAGAUUCUCAGCCGGAUUUACCACCGACAUGUGGCACCCACGGAGGACCCCAGCUCUUUGGUACCCGGGGCCGACGCCCCGGCUCCAGGGAUCGAGCUUUUCUCCCAGCCGCCGGCCGACCACAGCUGGGCCGGCCAGGCCGGCCCGGUGCCCGGGGCCGACAACAUCCCGACGGCCGGCUCGGCCGACUCGAGCUUCCUGCCAUCCAUGUGUCCGAUUGUGCACGUUCGGUCGGCCCUGCUCGGUGGUCUGUCCUGCUCGGCGGACCUGUCCACGGCCAUUGACGCCAAUCCGGCCCCCAGCUCGGAAGCCGGCUCCCCGGAGGGCGUGGACUCCCCGGCCCUGAGCCCCGACCCGAGUGCCGAUUCGGCGGCCACCUCCACCGAUGAGGAUUCCUCCUUUGAGCUGGACUCCCAGCUGGAGCUCGAAGACGACGAAGAUCAAGAAGAGGAGGACGACUUCCUGGACUUGACCUUCUCGCCGGCCUCCGCACCGGCCUUCUCCCGGAAGCCUCCCGCCAAGGCGCGCUACUUCAUGCUCGAGCAGGAUGAGCCCAAUCCCAGGACCGGCGAUCGCCGGCCCUCUUUCUCCAUCGAUGACCCUCUGUCCACGGCGACCAUCGGUGAGACUGGCCUCUCCAAGAGCGAGUACCUGUCCAGUCUCAAGCGGCUGGCCGUGAAGGACGACGCGCCGGCCGCCGAGGCCGGGGCCGACACGACCCCCACCCCUGGGACUGGGACCCUGAAUGGGCUCGGCGUGCCGGUGGCCUUUGCCAGCUUUGCCAUGAUCGUGUCUCUGGUUCGCGAUAUGGAGGCCGACCGUCUGGCCGAGGACGGUGCGCCGGAGGAGGAAAGCUUCCCGGACUACUAUCCCCGGGCUCCGGAACGCCCGGAUGGGCGGCUGUGCGUGCUCUGCGGCGUCCGUGGACACUGGAUGCAACGCUGUCCGGAGGAGCGCUGCUUCGAGUGCUCGGGUGUCGGGCAUCGGGCGCGCUUUUGUCCCCAGCGCACCGGUGGGCUGACAGCGCGCCGGGCCCAUCGGUGCAGCCGGUGCAACGCGCUCGGCCACCAACACCACCAAUGCCACACCAUCUGGCGGGUGUACACCCCGUCGGAGCUGGCUGUCACCUCGGCGGCCAAGGCAACGGCCGCCCUGGCCGCCGGCCGGCCAGUUCCCCGGCGGGGCCUCAUCAUCCGGCGCUGGUGCUACCACUGCGGCGAGCGAGGGCACCUGGGCGAUGACUGCACCCGGCGGUCCUUUGGUGGGAUCUUCAGCUCGGGCUCCGGGCCCUCCGGAGCCGCAUAUCGGGACCUGUCUCCCGGUCCUCCGCCGCCCUCCUUCCGCCGGGUGGUCACGCCCUUUGGGUAUGCGGCCCUGCAGGCGGCCGGCCUGUCUGGCAUGCAGGGGGAUUCCUUCACCCUGGGGGAGAUCCCGGCUCCCAGGUCCUCCGAGGCAUCGGGCACGCGGUCUCGCAGCACCUUCGCAGAUAAUCCCCCCCUGAAGACCUCGGGCACGGGUGCUGCUGCUGCUGCUGCUGCUGCCCCGACUCUCGGGGAGCUGCUGAAUGCCGCGGUGUCGUCCAACCGCAAGCGGCCACGCCCGGCCGAUCUAUUGCCAGACCAAAAUUGGCAGAAGAGCCCGGCCUCCAAGCAUCGCCGGACCACUGCCCUCGCCAAGGGGGAGGACGACAAGAAGAAGAAGAAAAAGAAGAAGAAGGCCAAGGAGAGCAACGACGCCGAUGUGGCAGCCCAUCCGUCCUCCAAGCGCGGCAAGCAUGCGUCCUCCAAGGAUGAGGCCGCCUCUGCGGCCAGCAAGAAGAAGUCCUCUCGCCGCAGCUCCUCGCCCUCGUACUCUCGUGGCAGCAGCCGGAAGCGGGCGGCGUCCCACGUGGCCAUCGACGCCAAAGCCUCCAAGUCGGCGGCGAAGGCCUCCAAACUGGCCAAGUCCAAGGCGUGAGAUGUCCCUGUCGCCGCCAAUGCGCCCAUCAUCAUGGCUGGGGGGGGGGGGGGGG